ACACAUUCCCUCCUAUAUAAAGUACCAACCAUUGGCUCCAUGCCCUUGUCACUCAUACUGUCUGGAAUACACAGCAUACCAUACAAGACAUAAUCAGUGCCAUGGAGGCUGUGAAGCAUACCUUUCAAGUGCUUCCAUGGCUCCUGCUCUUCGCACAACUGGCUGCGGCCAGCACCUCCAACUGCACAAAUGCCACAGAUGGGGCUGACAGCCAUGGUGCAAUGAAGCUGAAGCUGAUCGCCAUGGCGUCCAUCCUGACAGCCGGAGCAGCCGGCGUGUUGGUCCCGGUGCUUGGCCGCUCCAUGGCCGCACUAAACCCUGAUGGUGACAUUUUUUUCGCGGUCAAGGCAUUUGCGGCUGGUGUCAUCCUUGCCACUGGCAUGGUCCACAUUCUGCCAGCAGCAUUUGAUGGCCUGACAUCCCCGUGCCUCCACAAAGGUGGCAGGGAUAGGAAUGGUUUCCCCUUCGCAGGCCUCGUCUCGAUGUCUGCUGCAAUGGCCACAAUGGUGAUAGACUCAGUGGCUGCUGGGUACUACCGCCGGUCUCACUUCAGCAAGGCACGACCAAUUGACAACCUAGAGAUACAUGAGCAACCUGUAGACGAGGAGAGGACUGGGCAUGUACAACAUGUGCAUGUGCACACCCAUGCAACACAUGGGCAUUCACAUGGAGAAGCGGACGUCAUCAGUUCACCAGAGGAGGCUUCAAUAGCUGACACAAUCCGGCACAGGGUGGUAUCUCAGGUCCUUGAGCUCGGAAUCUUGGUGCAUUCAGUGAUCAUUGGGGUGUCCUUAGGUGCAUCUGUGAGGUCAUCCACCAUCAGGCCUCUUGUUGGUGCCCUUAGUUUCCAUCAAUUCUUUGAAGGCAUAGGCUUGGGUGGUUGUAUUGUGCAGGCAAAUUUCAAGUUAAGGGCAACCGUCAUGAUGGCAAUGUUUUUCUCCCUGACCACACCCGUGGGCAUUGCACUAGGGAUUGCAAUUUCAUCUAGCUACAAUGUUCAUAGUUCUACUGCCUUCGUUGUCGAAGGAGUUUUCAACUCAGCCUCGGCAGGAAUUUUGAUCUAUAUGUCCCUAGUUGACCUUCUAGCCACAGAUUUCAAUAAACUGAAGCUACAGACGAACACAAAGCUUCAGCUGAUGACAUAUCUUGCACUUUUCGUAGGCGCAGGGCUGAUGUCCAUGCUUGCCAUAUGGGCAUAGAUCUUUAGAGCAACAAAGAACUGUGUUUCCACCUAUUCCCGGCUAAAGUUUAAGGCCUGAUUGCAUUCGGCCAGGAGUUAUUUAUCUUCCCAAAAUGACAUGCUCUUGGUGAGGUACUUACCAUAUUCAUCCAUGAUUUUUCUAUUUUCCAAGACAAUAAAAUCUUGGCUAGUCGCUUUCUACUAGCUUAGCCUAACUCCUAAGCCAUAAAGUCAUAAGUAGUACAAUAUUACUGCCAUGAACUUUUAUUGUAGAAUUAACAAACCUGCAUCAUUUGCUUUUCCAAUAUCAGAAACAACACAGCAUGCCUAUUUUGGUCAGAAUAAAAGUCGUACUUACACGAUCAAACCAGAUAAAUUCAAAGCUUCAGUACAGAAAUGAAGAUUUUGAAAAAUGAAAAGGUAUAUACAUGUUAUUCAACAGUUGUAUGCUCCUGCAAGAAAGGAACAUGUAACAAACAGGACUGAACUCUGAAGUGCUACCAGAGCAAGUGCUCCUUUAUUCUAUGUUGGGCCAAAGCUUCAUAUACGAUUGAAAUCCUUUAGGAAGUCAAUAACAAUAUAUGAAGAGUGUAUCUUUUUUGUGUCACAAAAACUAUGUAAUUGUUUGCAGUAAAACAAAGUCCUAUUUGAUCCUUAUGUCCAGCU